AUGGUUGACGUAAUGAGCGCAGAGCAGACCUUUCCUCGAGCAAUUCGUCUGUUGAAGUGCGCUGGAGGCUAUAUGAGCAGUUUGAAAAUAAUACAUAUAGCAGGAACAAAUGGUAAGGAAACAGUGUCUACAUUUUUAACAUCCAUAUUACAGGGUACGGAACCACAGCGGCAGAAGGUUUUGGUUGGUAGAUAUACUACUUCUUUCUUGCUUAACGAUAGAGAAGCUAUCAGCGUUAACAAUGAAUCCAUUUCUUUGAAAGAGUAUUCUGAGAUUGCGAACAACCUUAUAAAACUAGACGAAUCUUUGAAUUUACAGUGUAACACCAUUGAGCUGCUAACAAGUAUAGCAUUCGUAUAUUUCGCCAAGAAAUGUUGCCAGUGGUGCAUUAUAGAAACCGGACUAGGUGGCAAAUGGGAUCCUGCAAACUUGAUUCCUCGCCAAAACAAAAUUUGUUGUGCUAUUACCAACGUCGGGAUAAGCGACGAGAAGCUCUUAUGUGAUGCUUUAUCUCUAAUUACGUACGAAUAUUCAAAAAAAAAAGUGCACACUAUACCAUUUGCGGUAUUGGAUGGGUCUAAUGAUGAAUUUGUACGAAACGCAAUAUCGAGGGAGUGUAGCAACGUUGGUUGCAAGUUACACAUCACGGAUCCCUCCCUUGACAAUUGCAGUGUACGUACAGACUCAUGGGGCACACUUGAAAUUCAGCAGGUGCCAUAUAAUGAGGAGGAUCAGAUAUUUAACCUAAGGGUAGCAAUUGCCGUCUUAGAUUUCCUGAAAAAGGAAGGAAAAGUUUGUAUUUCGAAGGGCCAACUAUCCAAGGGCUUAAUAUCUGUCGACUGGCCGAAAAGCUUACACCAAUUGGACUACUGUUACGAAGCAAAUAGAGGAAAGAGAAUAGCGCUACUACUAGACAACGCAAACAAUGCAAAGGCAGCACAGAAUUUAGCUAGCUAUUUAAGGACAAAAUACGGCGAUACUCCACUAACUUUUGUCGUAGCUAUAACAAUGGGUAAGAAAUUACCGCCCUUACUUGAUCCGUUGAUCCGUACGCAAGAUCAUGUUAUAGUGACUAGGUUUGGAUCUGUGGUUGGUAUGCCUUGGAUUCAAUCUUUCGAGCCAAUGCAACUUUUCACAUUUAUCAAAGACCGUUACACGAAAAAUGUAGAUAUACAACCAGAUCUUCAUAGUGUUUGGACUUUUCUAGAAGCAAACAGGCUUCAAACUAUGGCGCCUGUUAUCGUAUGCGGGUCACUGUAUCUUUGUAAAGAGUUAUUAUACCAACACAAUUGUCAUUUGAGGGUAUAA